UAGCUCUCAGUCGCAGCUGCGCCCAGCACUACUCGCUACACCUGAAAGAUGGCACCGGUUGCCGGCAAGAAGGUCAAGAAGGGGAUCUUAGAGCGUCUAAAUGCUGGAGAAGUUGUGAUCGGAGAUGGAGGAUUUGUCUUUGCACUGGAAAAGAGGGGCUAUGUAAAGGCUGGACCGUGGACCCCGGAAGCUGCCGUGGAGCACCCUGAGGCAGUUCGCCAGCUUCACAGGGAGUUCCUCAGAGCUGGGGCGAACGUCAUGCAGACCUUCACGUUCUACGCCAGUGAAGACAAGCUGGAGAACCGAGGGAACUACGUGGCAGAGAAGAUAUCUGGGCAGAAGGUCAAUGAAGCUGCCUGUGACAUUGCACGGCAGGUGGCUGAUGAAGGAGAUGCUUUGGUUGCAGGAGGUGUGAGCCAAACACCUUCAUACCUUAGCUGCAAGAGUGAGACAGAAGUCAAAAAGAUAUUUCAGCAACAGCUGGAGGUCUUCAUGAAGAAGAAUGUGGACUUCCUCAUUGCAGAGUAUUUUGAACACGUGGAAGAGGCUGUGUGGGCAGUGGAAGCAUUAAAAGCAUCUGGCAAACCUAUAGCAGCUUCCAUGUGCAUUGGGCCUGAAGGAGACCUGCAUGGAGUGUCACCAGGAGAGUGUGCAGUGCGCCUGGUGAAAGCAGGCGCCUCCAUCAUAGGUGUGAACUGCCACUUCGACCCGGCCACCAGCUUACACACUGUGAAGCUCAUGAAGGAGGGUUUGGAACGCGCUCGGCUGAAAGCGUACCUGAUGAGCCAGCCCUUGGCCUACCACACCCCUGACUGUGGCAAGCAGGGGUUUAUCGAUCUCCCCGAGUUCCCCUUUGGAUUGGAACCCAGAGUUGCCACCAGAUGGGAUAUUCAAAAAUACGCCAGAGAGGCCUACAACCUGGGGGUCAGGUUCAUUGGCGGCUGCUGUGGAUUUGAGCCCUACCACAUCAGGGCAAUUGCAGAGGAGCUGGCCCCAGAAAGGGGAUUUUUGCCUCCGGCUUCAGAGAAACAUGGCAGCUGGGGAAGUGGUCUGGACAUGCACACCAAACCCUGGAUCAGAGCCAGGGCCAGAAAGGAAUACUGGCAGAAUCUCCGGAUAGCCUCUGGCAGGCCAUACAACCCUUCAAUGUCCAAGCCAGAUGCCUGGGGAGUGACCAAAGGAACCGCAGAGCUCAUGCAACAGAAGGAAGCUACUACUGAGCAGCAGCUGAAAGAGCUCUUUGAAAAGCAAAAAUUCAAAUCCUCACAGUAGCCACAGGGCACCGAUUGCAGGAGAAUUCUACGUCUGGGCCACGAUGUACACACAGAAGGAAUAGGUGGCCGAAAGGCAAUGCAUGUGUCCAUGCAGGCUUGGUGUUAGCUAGACAAAACAGAAUCGCAAACAGCAUUUCACAAUUAUAAAAGGAUGCUCUAGGAGUUUACUAAAAGCAAAGAGAGAGAAAAUCCACAGUAAAUCCUAAACAGAUUUCCUAAGUGCCUGCCAUGAAACAGGCAUCAUUCCAGAAAUCACUGUAGCAACGAGAAAGUCAUUCACAGGUUAAUCUCACUUCAGGUAGGAGGAUAGGACAUAGACCAUCAUAUGACCAUAGACCACUCAGGGACCAUAUCAUAAAUGAUACAGCAACCUACUUUACCUAAGGUGCUACUAGCAGUAGGCCCUACGGGCUUUAGUGUAUAACCUUUAGAAAGAAACAGUUUAUGUAAUAGCCCUCUAAAAAUGAUCCAUUCUGGAAUUUUCUGUUCUAUCCCCCUCCAUCACAUUUAAUUAAUAAAAACAUGCUGAUUGAAAAACUUCAA